CUGCCGGCUUCCCAGCUUUCCCUCAGACUUGUUUUUCUGCGCGGAAGUUUUCCUGGAGCCAAAUGGCUCCCUCCUGCCUGCUCAGGGUCUGCAGCCUCCUCUGCGCCUGGUCAGUGGUGACAGGACACCCCUGCAGCCUCAACCACCAGGGAUGGGCCGACUGCAAAGGGAAGAGCCUCCUGCAUGCUCCAACUUCCCUUCCAAGGAACAUCACUGGUUUGGAUCUCUCCUUCAACUACUUGGUUGUGCCCCGUCACGGGACUCUCUUGAUGCAUUUCCCUUCUCUGCGCUCCCUCAACCUCUCUAGCAAUGCCCUGCUGGCACUGAGCCCAGCAGUCUUCUCCAACCUUGGGACACUGCGUCUGCUGGACCUGAGCAGCUGCAGCAUCGCCUACCUCCACACGGAUGCUUUCAAGGGCUUGGAAAACUUGCACACGCUGCUCCUAAGAAACAACAGUCUGCAAGAGCUUGAGGUCCCUUCCUUCCUGAUGCUGAAGGCUCUUUUCCACCUGGACCUGCGGCACAACGCACUGGUCUCUGUGGACACCUUGAGCCUGCAGCUGAUGGAUGCAGUCCCGCAGGUCCGGCUGGAAGGGAACCCCUGGGUCUGUGACUGCACCGUGCACCCUCUGCAGCAGUGGCUACAGCGCAGGCAAGCUGUGCAGGUGACUUGUGCAUCGCCCCCGGGGCUGCGGGGCCGGGAGGUCACAGCUCUGGAUUCCCAGGACCUGGGCUGCUGGAUGAAGCAGCGGUUUCCUCGGGGGGUCAGCACGGCGCAGCAGAUCACAGUGACCCACAGCAAUACCACCACACCGCCCGCCGGGAAGGGGGGAAGGAGCUGGCCGUACCUGGUGGGCUUCCUGGUGGCAGCAAUUGGCAUCUCCAUCCUGAUCGCGCUGGCUGCCAAGUGCAAGCUCUUCCACAAGAACUUUGCUAGCUACCGCCACCGGCCACUGCCUGAAACCAGCUCAAUCAGAGGCAGCCCCAUGGAGGAUGGCAGCAGCUGGGACAGGGGCUCCUCAGGCCGGGGGGCCUUUGAGAGCCACCCUAUGCCUGGUGCUGCCGACCUGCAAGCUGAGGAUGAUGAUGGCUUCAUCGAGGACAACUACAUCCAGCCAAGUGAGCAGCUGCCAGAGGAAGAGGAGCGGGAAUCACACCUCUCCAUCUGA